UCUCUCUCUCUCUCUCUCUCUCUCUCUAAAGCUUCCAAAUGCUCUUCCACAUGAACCUCACAUCCCCUCCUCCUUUCUCCAAAUGGGCAUCCAAUCUUCACCAUUAAAACCAUUUUUCGUGCUCCAGUACCUCAAUUCUUGGUUCAAAUCUCUUAUCUUUCUGUCUCCAAGUCAGAGAGAGAGCAAAAGGAAACUCAGUGAAGAAAGAGAAGGGAAAGGAAAGAGAAAACCAUGUUGUUAUCUCCCACUAGCCCCUCUCUCUCUUCCUCUGCUUCCUCCUCUUCAUUCCUGAGACCCAACAAACCAAACCCAACUCUCUCUCUCAUCCCCCAUCGGUUCUUCCCCAAACCCAUCUCCUUUCCUGAAUUAUCCCUGAACUUCUCGAAACCCCCAUCUUUUUCGGGCUCCAUUUUGAUAGCCCAGGCCUCCUCCACAACCGACAACUCUGGUUCUGAUACAGAAGAGGAAGGAGAGUUUGAAGAGUAUGAAGUAGAGAUAGAGAAGCCCUAUGGAUUAAAAUUUGCAAAGGGACCAGAUGGGGGGACUUAUAUUGAUGCCAUUGCACCUGGAAGGUCAGCUGAUAAGACUGGCAAGUUCUCAGUUGGAGACAAAGUCAUUGCAACUAGUGCUGUGUUUGGUACUGAGAUGUGGCCUGCCGCCGAAUAUGGGCGAACCAUGUAUACUAUCCGCCAAAGGAUCGGGCCUUUACUCAUGAAAAUGCAGAAGGGAGAUGGGAGGAUUGUUCAAAAGGAGCUUACAGAAAAAGAGUUGAUCAGAGCUGAGAGGAACUCUGGCGUGAUUAGCGACAGAGUGAGAGAAAUUCAAUUGCGGAACUAUCAAAGAAAAAUGGAACAGAAGGAGCGUAGAGAAAAGGACCUUCGUGAGGGUUUGAAGCUUUAUAAGGAAGAGAAGUAUGAAGAAGCAUUGGAGCGGUUUGAAUCUCUGUUGGGUUCAAAACCUGAACCAAAUGAAGGUUCCGUGGCGAGCUACAAUGUGGCUUGUUGUUAUUCCAAGCUAAAUCAGGUGCAAGCAGGUCUCUCUGCCCUUGAAGAUGCCAUGGAGGCAGGAUAUGAAGAUUUUAAGAGCAUCCGAAGCGAUCCUGAUCUGGUCAACUUGAGGGCUUCAGAAGAUUUCAAGCCACUAUUGGACAGGUUUGAUGAAUCCUUCAUCAACGAGGGCGCCAUCAACACCAUCAAAUCCUUAUUUGGCAUAUUCAACAAGUAAUAAUUCGUCCAUGGGUGAUUGAAGGCAAACCCUGUUGCACUACGCUCCAUGAUCACUAUAAGUUUCAAAGAGGAGCGAGCUUCUCCGGACUUUGUGUAGGCUCUUUUGUUUUGAAGGAUUGGUAACUGUAGUAGGUCAAAAAAGUUCGCAUAAUUCGUGCACUUUGUAUGAUUAUGCAUUUUCAUUGCUCGAUUUGGUUCAUGCUAUUCUUUUCUGAUGGUUGUUAACAGUUAUUUUGAAUAAAAAAUUGAGGAUUGGUAGGAUAAAUAUCAUCCUAUUUC